AAUGAAAGCUUUCUUCUUCUGCUCCGAGCCGAGGACCAAUAACCUCUCUCAGUUCAUGUCUGACGCGUCAGCCUGGCGCGCCCACGGCACCUCGCCGCUCCUCCAGCCCUGGAACCACAGUUCCCAGCUUAGUUUGGAUGAGGACUGCACAUGCAACACAGAGACCGAGAGGAGAAGUCACGGAUAAGACCAGGCCCCGCACACCGGAGCUAACCGAGGCUAAGCAGCCGUGUGUUGACCCAGAAAGUGUUUUUUAGAAAACGGGGCGCUCCGACUUUUAGAACAAACAACAUGAAUCACACUACGAGGGAUCUGUUGAUCUAGAUGGAUGUUGACACUGUGUUCCAGGGUUUCUCGGGACACACCCUUUCCCAGCCUCAACACGCCGGAGCUGAGUGAUUGGAAAAGAGGGGCGGGAUACACAAUUGGGUCCUUUUGAGGAGCAUACGUCAUAAAGGGUGUGAGAAUAACAAUCCUUGCAGUAAUGGAUGAGUCCAUCGAUGACUAUGGAAACUACACUUAUGAUUAUUACCUGGAGUAUGGCGACUUGGAAGAUCUUAAAGUAGAACACAGGCAAGGGGAGACUAUGCACAUCAUCUCAGUGGUGAUCUAUAUUAUUUCCUUUGUGCUUGGGCUGAUCGGAAACGGGACUGUUAUUUGGGUGACGGCGUUCAAAAGCAAAAAGACUGUCAACAGCGUGUGGCUGCUCAAUCUUGCCAUUGCGGACUUUGUGUUUGUGCUUUUCCUGCCCUUCUACAUCGAUUACAUUCUGCGGGACUUCCACUGGGACUUUGGUUUGGCCAUGUGUAAGCUCAACUCAUUUGUGUCCGUGAUGAACAUGUACGCCAGCGUGCUCUUCCUCACGGUGCUCAGCAUAGACAGGUACGUGUCACUGGUCCACCUCAACUGGUCUCAGAGGCAUCGAACUGUAAAGAGAGCCUGGGUCACGUGUGGCUGCAUAUGGGCACUAGCCGGCACUAUGAGCUGCCCUGCGCUGAUUUUCCGUGAGACCAUGCGCUUGCACGACAAGGUGGUGUGCUUCAACAACUUCCACACACAGGAUGCACACACAGCAGCCUUGAGACACAUUGUAAUAGUGGUCAUCCGCACCACUGUGGGCUUCUUCCUGCCGUUUACCGCUAUAUGUGUGACAGGCAUACUUCUCACAAUCAAAGCUAAUCGAUCUCAGGGCUCGUUUCGCCUGUCUAGCUUCUCCAAAACAGUCACGGCUGUAAUCCUGGCCUUCUUUUUAUGCUGGGCACCUUUUCAUACCUUCAGCUUAAUGGAGUUAUCAAUACAUUCCUCACUGUACCUACACGACAUACUGAAAGCUGGGUUUCCCCUUGCCACCAGCUUAGGUUUUUUCAACAGCUGCAUUAACCCCCUGCUGUAUAUGCUCUUGGGUAAAAAGGUUCGUCACAUCCUGAAGCGUGCAUGUCUGAACAUUACCAAGAGUUCACUAAGAGAGCUCAGCCAGUCAGUGUCUGCCACUGAGAUGGAGUCUGUGCCAGGACAUUAUCAGGACAGUGUCCCAGAGGAGCCUGUGGAGUCAUCAAUUCUAUGAUCGCAAUCGUCCUCAGACUCUUGUAGCAGUCCAUGAAAAACAUGAGGGUGGCUGACUGUUACUUAAAUGAAAUGGGGGAGGAUCACACGCCCAUUCUUUCCAGCUGUAAUGUUCAGAUUUUCCCUGUUGUGUUUCAUUUGGAUGGAGUUACACCUACUUCAGCUAUUAGUCUCAAUGGAAAAACUGAGGGAAACGGUAUUAUGUGCACAGAGUUAGUAUCUUUGCAUAUAUUUUUCAUUUGCAAGUGAUCUCUCGAGAAACAGGCAAGAUCAAAAUAUAGCUGAAACUAUCCUGAUCAUUAAUUUUGUCAAUUUACAAAUAAAAAACCCUGCCUUUCUCUGGGUCCAGCUUCUCCACUGUGAGGAUUUGCUGCUUUCCCUUGUCUUCUGCAAUACUAAACUGCAUAUCUCCGGGUGUUGGACAGCUGGUCCGAAAAACAAGCAAUUUGCAGAUGUGUCUUCAGGCGGUGGAAAAUGUGCUGGAAAUUAUUUGUUAAACUAUUUUGGGGGAAAUCAUGAGACAUGCAUCUUUCACAUUUGGAUUGUACUCCUUUGAAUCAAGGGCAUCUGCUCAUCCAUGCUCGAUCGGCUGUUUAGAUCCUUACAAAUGUGCAUAUAUCUGAUAGUAGCUUAAUAUGAUUAUGUUUUUAUACAGUUUGAUACUACAGUCAUCUAUUAAUGUAUUGGUUUUAUAAUUAGUUGAGAGUUGUACAAAUGUUUUAUUUUAAUAUAUUACAAGUAAAUAGCCUAUAUGUUAAUAAAAUAGCUCCUCUGAGCACACACUG